AUUCAAAAUUAAAAAUCGAAGACAAUAUAUUUGGCACAAGUUCAAGAAAUAAUGAUAUUUUAAGUCAACCUGAAGUAAUUCUAAUAUCUGAUACAGACAAUAAGCCAGUGCUAAAAUCAACAUCAAAUUCAUUUAUUCAAUAUUAUGAAGAUUUUCACAUUUCUAGCAGCUUUGAAAGUGAAUAUAAUAGCAAUAAUAGCUUAAAUGAUUGUAUAUCUAUGAAUAAUUUAAACAAUAACGAUAUACUUGAAAAUAAUUUGAAAAAUGAUGACAAUGAUAAUGAUAUACUUGAAAAUAGGUUGGAAAAUAAAGAUAGCUAUGAAGAAUAUCCAAAGACUUCUUUAACUAGUAUAGCAAGUAUUUAUAAAGUUUCAGACUGGGACUCCGAUGAUGCUAAAAACACAUUUGGAAUUUCUAAUCUUCAAUAUGCUUAUGGAAAUCCUGGAACUAUUUGA